UUCUCCUGCAUAAGUACUCCACCAUCCCAAUCCUUCACCCAUCAUCCCCAUUUCUCUCCCUCUUCCCAUAAACGCGUUUCUCCUCUAAUCUUUUUCAUUAAAAAAACAAAAUGGCCACCAUAAUUUCUCUCUGCAUUGCCUCUCUUCUCUCAUUUUCCCUACUUGUCGAUGCUAGAAUCCCCGGAGUUUACUCCGGCGGCCCUUGGCAGAGCGCCCACGCCACUUUCUACGGAGGCGCCGACGCUUCCGGCACCAUGGGUGGAGCUUGUGGGUACGGGAAUCUGUACAGCCAAGGCUAUGGUGUGAACACGGCGGCGCUGAGUACCGCGCUGUUCAAUAAGGGUCAGAGCUGCGGCGCUUGCUUUGAAAUUAAGUGUGCUAAUGACCCAAGAUGGUGUCAUUCCGGUAGUCCCUCGAUCUUGAUUACUGCUACUAAUUUCUGCCCGCCUAACUACGCCCUUCCUAACGACAAUGGCGGCUGGUGUAACCCUCCACGGACUCACUUUGACCUUGCCAUGCCUAUGUUCCUUAAAAUCGCUGAGUACCGCGCCGGAAUCGUCCCCGUGUCUUACCGCCGAGUGCCAUGCCGGAAGCAAGGAGGAAUCAGGUUCACAAUAAACGGCUUCCGUUACUUCAAUUUGGUUCUAAUCACCAACGUGGCAGGUGCAGGGGAUAUCGUGAGGGUUAGCGUUAAAGGAACAAGAACCGGAUGGAUGAGCUUAACUAGAAACUGGGGGCAAAAUUGGCAAUCCAAUGCGGUUUUAGUGGGCCAGGCUCUUUCUUUUAGAGUUACCGGCAGUGACCGACGAACCUCAACGUCAUGGAACAUAGUCCCAGCCCAUUGGCAGUUCGGCCAAACUUUCACUGGCAAGAACUUCCGUGUUUAACCGCAAGUUAACAUUUUUACUGUGCUUUUUUUCUUGGAAUUUACAGUUUUAACCUUUGUGGAAGUGUUGGUUUUUCUUUUUUCUUAUGAGACUAAUCUGAUCUGAGCGUAAUUUAAAGCAAGGAUUGGGGGUAUUAUUGGAAAAGUAUUUUGACUGGGGUUGGGUUAUGGUUAAGUGAAAAGUGUAAAGGCUGAAGCGGCUGAAUGAAGAUUGUAAGCCCGCAGUCUUUGUUUUAUAGACCAUUUGAGUGUCACAGAUUUAUUUGUAUUAAUUUCUACUACUAAAAUUAUUAUGAGUGUAAUUUGUGUA